AUGGAAUCUCUUCCUCGUACUCCUACAAAAAAUAGACCUACGCAACAUCCCUCUACACCGUCGCCGAAAAAUGAUGUUAUGGCUCUGAAGGGCUACAAGAGAAGGAAUACGACAACUCCACCACCUAAACACACUCUUCUGAAACCGCAACAGACGGAUGUCCACAGACACUCAUUGGCUAGUCAGAGUCGCAUAUCCAUUUCACCCAAUCGUGAACUCUUGAGAAAUUAUAAAGGCUCGGCAAAUUUGGUUUACGGAAAUCAGAAAAGCAAUUCUGGUGUGACUUCCUUUUAUAAGGAAAAUGUCAAUGAACUCAAUAGAACACAAGCAAUCUUAUUUGAAAAAAAGGCAACGCUAGAUUUACUGAAAGACGAACUAACAGAAACAAAAGAGAAAAUCAACGCCGUUAAUCUCAAGUUUGAAACCCUUCGUGAAGAAAAGAUAAAAAUUGAACAGCAACUGAAUUUGAAGAACAAUGAACUCAUCUCCAUUAAAGAAGAAUUUUUGUCAAAGAAGCAGUUUAUGAAUGAAGGCCACGAAAUACAUUUAAAACAGCUAGCAGCAUCGAAUAAAAAAGACCUGAAACAAAUGGAAAAUGAAUACAAAACAAAAAUUGAGAAAUUGAAAUUUAUGAAGAUUAAACAAUUUGAAAAUGAAAGAGCGUCGCUUUUAGAUAAAAUAGAAGAGGUAAGAAACAAAAUCACUAUGAAUCCUUCUACUUUACAGGAAAUGUUGAGUGAUGUUGAACAAAAGCAAAGGCUUGAAAAAGAAGAAUGGCUUACAGAGUACCAAACCCAAUGGAAAAACAAUAUGGAGCUGAAUAAUAAACAUAUUCAGGACAUCGAAAACAUGAAAAAGGAGAUCGAAAAUGUGUUGAAACCCAAAUUGACAGAAAAAAAGAAGCUCUUAACAGAGAAGCGUAAUGCGUAUGAAGCUAUUAAAGUAAAAGUUAAAGAAAAGGAGGAAGAAACUACAAAGCUUAAAGAUGAGGUGGCUUCAAAAGAGAAGACUAACCUAAAAACUUUGGAGAGGAUCAAAGAGUUGGAGGAAUACAUAAAAGACACCGAACUAGGUAUGAAGGAGUUGAACGAGAUUCUAAUUAAAGAGGAAACGGUUAGACGUACACUGCAUAAUGAAUUACAAGAAUUAAGAGGAAAUAUACGAGUUUAUUGUAGGAUUCGUCCGGCUCUAGAAACUUUGGAAGACUCUGAUACUAGCCUUAUUAAUGUUAAUGAAUUUGAUGACAACCGUGGUAUUCAAUCUAUGGAAGUCACGAAAAUACAAAAUACAGCGCAAGUGCAUGAAUUCAAAUUCGAUAAAAUAUUUGAUCAACAGGACACGAAUGCAGAUGUUUUUAAAGAAGUUGGCCAAUUAGUACAGAGUUCUUUAGAUGGAUAUAAUGUUUGUAUCUUUGCAUAUGGGCAAACAGGAUCUGGGAAAACUUUCACUAUGCUAAAUCCAAGAGACGGCAUCAUUCCAUCCACAAUAUCUCAUAUAUUCAACUGGAUCAAUAAGUUAAAAACGAAAGGGUGGGAUUAUAAAGUUGACUGCGAGUUCAUUGAGAUCUAUAAUGAGAAUAUUAUAGACCUAUUGAGAAAUGACAGUAAUAAUAAAGAAGACACAAACACUGGCUUAAAGCAUGAAAUACGCCACGAUCAGGAAACUAAAACUACCAUGAUAACGAAUGUUACGAGUUGCAAGCUUGAAUCGGAAGAAAUGGUUGACAUGAUACUGAAAAGGGCAAAUAAAUUAAGGUCCACUGCUAGCACAGCAUCAAACGAGCAUUCUUCCCGUUCACACAGUAUUUUCAUAAUUCAUUUGUCAGGAUCAAACACAAAAACUGGAGCGCAGUCAUAUGGUACACUAAAUCUUGUUGAUUUGGCCGGUUCCGAAAGAAUAAAUAUCUCUCAAGUUGUGGGCGAUCGAUUAAGAGAAACUCAAAAUAUUAACAAAUCUUUAAGUUGCUUAGGUGACGUUAUUCAUGCAUUAGGUCAACCUGAUAGUACUAAAAGACAUAUACCAUUCAGAAACUCAAAACUGACGUACCUACUACAAUAUUCACUAACUGGGGACUCGAAAACGUUGAUGUUUGUCAACAUUUCACCAAGUUCCUCUCAUAUCAAUGAAACUUUAAAUUCAUUAAGAUUUGCAUCUAAAGUGAAUUCAACCAGAAUGGUAUGUAGAAAGUGA